GACAAUGGUAGGAUUAGCGGUUUAGUGGAACAACAGCCUCACGGCUCUAUUUGUCUUAGGGUUUUCUUCUCCACACCAGCAUAGUAAGAUGUGCGGCAGAGCUCGCUGUACUCUGAGACCUGAAGAUGUUCCCAGGGCUUGUCACCGCCAUGGAUUUCCUGCCCAUUUUCUUCAUCUUCAAUGUUAUCGUCCUUCUUACAAUGUUGCGCCGGGAUCGUAUAUGCCGGUUCUACGGAGAGACAAUAAUGGUGUUGCUGUUCACUGUAUGAAGUGGGGAUUAGUCCCUGGUUUCACUAAGAAAACUGAUAAGCCAGAUUUCUUCAAAAUGUUUAAUGCUCGGUCUGAAUCGAUUGGUGAAAAAGCGUCUUUUCGUAGAUUGCUUCCAAAGAAUAGGUGUCUUGUUGCAGUUGAUGGGUUCUAUGAGUGGAAAAAGGAAGGCUCAAAAAAGCAACCAUAUUACAUCCAUUUUAAGGAUGAGAGACCUUUGGUAUUUGCUGCUCUUUUUGAUUCUUGGCAGAACUCAGGAGGUGAGACACUUUAUACCUUCACCAUUGUGACAGCCGCUUCCUCGCCAGCCUUGGAUUGGCUCCAUGACAGAAUGCCAGUAAUUCUGGCUGACAAGGAUUCAGUCGACACAUGGUUAGAUGAUCCCUCAACGUCGAAACUGCAGCCAUUACUUGCACCAUAUGAGAAAUCGGAUUUGGUAUGGUAUCCAGUAACUUCUGCAGUUGGUAAACUAUCUUUUGAUGGACCAGAGUGUAUUCAACAGAUACCGCUAAAGGCCUCACAAAACAGCUUGAUCUCGAAGUUUUUCUCAGCAGAGCAUCCGAAAACAGAAGAAAAGGACAAAGAAACCAGAUCAACUGAUGCAACCAUCCCAGCAGGUCCGAAAGAAGAACCUAUACUUGAAGGUUAUGAAGGGGUAGUAGUCUCGGAUAGCAAUGAUGAAACUAAAGAACUGGAUAAGGAUAAGGAGAAAGAUAAAUCGAAUGAAGCCAAAAAUCUGUGUUUUCAAAAGAUUGUGAAAGCGGAACCGUUUAUUGGAGAUAGCUCAGCUGUUGCAUCUCAUCCUGAAUCUCUAAAGAACGAAGUUAAGGAGGGUACAUGUGGAGAAGGCGAAUUCAAAGAGACUGGUGGCUUAGAGUUUACCCCGAAGUCUUCAGGAAAGAGUGGGACAAAGCGAGAUUAUGAGUUAUUCUCAGCUCAAGAAAAGCAAUGGAAGCAGAGUGUGAGGUUGCAAGAUCUUGAUAAAAGCAGUGUGAAACACGGAAGGAAGCAAGGAAAAGGAAAGUCUAACAUCAAGAAAUCCAAGGACACGCAGUCUACAUUACAUUUCUUUUUCGAUGGAAAAUAGUUUGUGUACAUAAUCAUCAAUGGGGACGUGUUGGUUUGUGGAUUAUAAAGGAUAUGUACCGUCGAUGCUUUGUUUAUCGGUUCUGCUCGAUCUUUGAUUUAAAGAAUUGUAUGAAUAAGAACAUGUUAGAAGUAAUGUAUGCCUUUCUUUGUGGUCGAGUUGGGUUAUUUUCGUGUAAAUAAAGGAUUAUCCUCAUGGAAGUCC